AUGUGGGAGCUCAAGGUUCUACUGCUGCUGCCCAUGGUGAGCUUUGCUCUAUACCCUGAAGAGAUACUGGACACCCAAUGGGAGCUAUGGAAGACGACCUACAAGAAGCAGUAUAACAGCAAGGUGGAUGAAAUCUCUCGGCGUUUAAUUUGGGAAAAAAACCUGAAGCAUAUUUCCAUCCAUAAUCUUGAGGCCUCUCUUGGUGUCCAUACAUAUGAACUGGCAAUGAACCACUUGGGGGACAUGACAAGUGAAGAGGUGGUUCAGAAGAUGACUGGACUCAGAGUACCUCCAUCUCAUUCUCGCAGUAAUGAUACUCUCUAUAUCCCAGACUGGGAAGGCAAAGCCCCAGACUCCAUUGAUUAUCGAAAGAAGGGAUAUGUUACUCCUGUCAAAAAUCAGGGUCAGUGUGGUUCCUGUUGGGCUUUUAGCUCUGUGGGUGCCCUGGAGGGUCAACUCAUGAAGAAAACGGGUAAACUCUUAAAUCUGAGUCCCCAAAACCUGGUGGACUGCGUGUCUGAGAACGAUGGCUGUGGAGGGGGCUACAUGACCAAUGCCUUCCAGUAUGUGCAGAAGAACCGGGGCAUUGACUCCGAAGAUGCCUACCCGUAUGUGGGACAGGAUGAAAGUUGUAUGUACAAUCCAACAGGCAAGGCAGCUAAGUGCAGAGGGUACAAAGAGAUCCCGGAGGGGAACGAGAAAGCCCUGAAGAGGGCAUUGGCCCGAGUGGGACCCAUCUCAGUGGCCAUUGAUGCAAGCCUGAGCUCCUUUCAGUUUUAUAGCAAAGGUGUGUAUUACGAUGAAAACUGCAACAGUGAUAAUCUGAACCAUGCAGUUUUGGCAGUGGGAUAUGGGGUCCAGAAGGGGAAAAAGCACUGGAUAAUCAAAAACAGCUGGGGAGAAAACUGGGGAAACAAAGGCUAUAUCCUCAUGGCUCGGAAUAAGAACAAUGCUUGUGGCAUUGCCAAUCUGGCCAGCUUCCCCAAGAUGUGA